UGCUGCAGUCGCUGCCGCCAAUUCUGGAUCUCAUUGCCAUGCGCCCUGACGACCACCUGAUGUGCAUUCCCGAUUCCUUUUGGUUCCAAGUCCAAUAUGGCAACUCUCAAGGAUCAGCUGAUUCAUAAUCUUCUAAAGGAAGAACAGAGCCCCCAGAAUAAGAUUACAGUUGUUGGGGUUGGUGCUGUUGGCAUGACCUGUGCCAUCAGUAUCUUAAUGAAGGACUUGGCAGAUGAACUUGAUCUUGUUGAUGUCAUCGAAGACAAAUUGAAGGGAGAGAUGAUGGAUAUCCAACAUGGCAGCCUUUUCCUUAGAACACCAAAGAUUGUCUCUGGCAAAGACUAUAAUGUAACUGCAAACUCCAAGCUGGUCAUUAUCACGGCUGAGACACAUCAGCAAGAGGGAGAAAGCCGUCUUAAUUUGGUCCAGCAUAACGUGAACAUCUUUAAAUUCAUCAUUCUUAAUGUAAAAUACAGCCCGAACUGCAAGUUGCUUAUUGUUUCAAAUCCAGUGGAUAUCUUGACCUACGUGGCUUGGAAGAUAAGUGGUUUUCCCAAAAAACGUGUUAUUGGAAGUGGUUGCAAUCUGGAUUCAGCCCGAUUCCGUUACCUGAUGGGGGAAAGGCUGGGAGUUCACCCAUUAAGCUGUCAUGGGUGGAUCCUUGGGGAACAUGGAGAUUCCAGUGUGCCUGUAUGGAGUGGAAUGAAUGUUGCUGGUGUCUCCCUGAAGACUCCGCACCCAGAUUUAGAGACUGAUAAAGAUAAGGAACAGUGGAAAGAGGUUCACAAACAGGUGGUUGAGAGUGCUUAUGAGGAGAUCAAACUCAAAGGCUACACAUCCUGGGCCAUUGGACUCUCUGUAGCAGAUUUGGCAGAGAGUAUAAUGAAGGAUCUUAGGCAGGUGUACCCAGUUUUCACCAUGAUUAAGGGUCUCUAUGGAAUAAAGGAUGAUGUCUUCCUUAGAGUUCCUUGCAUUUUGGGACAGAAUGGAAUCUCAGACCUUGUGAAGGUGACUCUGACUCCUGAGGAAGAGGCCUGUUUGAAGAAGAGUGCAGAUACACUUUGGGGGAUCCAAAAAGAGCUGCAAUUUUAAUCUUCUGAUGUCAUAUCAUUUCACUGUCUAGGCUACAACAGGAUUCUAGUUGGAGAUUGUGCAUGUUGUCCUUUUUAUCUGAUCUGUGCUUAAAGUAGUAAUAUUUUAAGAUGGACUGGGAAAAACAUCAACUCCUGAAGUUAGAAAUAGGAAUGAUUUGUAAAAUCCACAGCUGUAUCCUGAUGCUGGAUGGUAUUAAUCUUGUGUAGUCCUAAACUGGUUAGUGUGAAAUAGUUCUGCCACCUCUGACGCACCUCUGCCAAUGCUGUACAUGCUGCAUUUGCCCCUUGAGCCAGGUGGAUGUUUACCGUGUGUUAUAUAACU